AUGUCAGCUCCAACCUCCCAGCCACGUCGCUCUGCACGAAGGACCACCAUCACAGCUCCUGAUCAUGAAUCUGAGCCAGAUAGCGCACCAUCACCUGUCAAGUCACCCAAACCCAAGAAAGAGGAUGAUGCUGAGGAUGCCAAAGGGAUUCCAAAGAAGCUGACACCUGUUGAGAAGAAAUUGGAGGAGGAGGGGACUACUGUUGCACCUCCAGAGCGUCACGCUCGGUCCCUUACCUCCUCCUACCUUCCUCCAGCUCCAUCUAUCUCAAGCAGUCGUGUGCGACAAGAGCGUGAGCCUAUCACCAAAGGAAAGUCAGGCAUGAGCAAGGACAGUGAAGACUUCAGUGACCAGAGAAAUAGCAGCAGUGAUAAUGAAGAAAAAAGUUCAUCCCCCUCUCCUGAUUACUCCACCAUCAAGAUAGGUCCACCAGUAGGUCGUCGCCGUACUAUGCCUACCAAGUCCAUUGUGCCUCAGAGACAAGUGGAUACCGACAUUCCUAUGGCUUCACCUGAUCAAGAGAGGGUGACAUCCACCACUCAGCUUGAGAAAGCAAAGCCAAAGAUCAAAGCUCUGGAUCUGGCACACUUCUCUCCUCCUCCUCCUGAAGGGUCGUCCCGCUCCUAUGGUGGGAUUAUUAGAGGUCGAGCUGCAGGCAAUAUUUACAACUUUGAUGACAUUCAUGACUCAGGAGAUACUCUGGCCUCUGCUCCUGAGGCAGAUUCUAUCAUACCUGAUGGCCGCAUUGUCCUGUCUAUUGUUGAUCGACCACCUCGCAGUCUGACCAUUGGUGAAACAGAUUCAGUCAUCAAAAUUCCAACUCCUUGCUACCCUACAAUGGGACCUCUUUUGAAGCACAUGAGUCGUUCAUAUUCACCAGUUGAAAAGCAAAAUAAACGACUCUAUGUUUUUGACAAGCAGGAAUGGAUUAUGCUUGGUCGUUAUCGGGUAGCAGUUGAAGACAAUACUGAUAGCUACUGGAAACAAGAAGAAAAUGAGAUGUUGAUGAAGAUUCUUGUUGAAAAUGAUCCUGCUGAUGUUCCUCCUCCUUCACCUCUUGUAGCAUCUGCUAUUCCUCCAUAUUUUCACUCCCGAUCUCUUUUUGGUUCCCGUUCUGCACCUGCAUCACGUUCUGUAUCUGCCUCACGCUCUGUCUCAGUUCCUACUUGGUCUCCUGCCAUCUCAGUUUCCCGUUCACCCUCUGUUGCUUCUUCUGCCAGUGUAGCAACUGGAGGCCCAGCCUAUAAGAAGUUUUCUAAAGAAGAUAUAGAUAGUCUUCUUCAGUAUCUGGGGAUAGAUAUACAACUUCCCCUAGCUUCCUCUUGUCUCCAGGGCUGCUAUCAGAAGCAUUGUGCUAUCGUCAAUGCUACUGAUAAAUUAUUGAAACUGGGUCGAGAUUCUGUGUGGCUUGCCUUGGAGGAGAAACAAUGGGUUCCAUCUCUCAAAGACUUUAUUGAGAUAUUUGUAGCAAAGACACAGUACUAUGGGACUUGGAAGAAAGCAUUUGAUGAUGCUGUUAGAUUUCCUGUGAUGCAGGACUGGCUGGCUCUGGAGGAUGAUCGAAAGUCGGAUAGGGCUGUCUGGGGUGAAGAGAAAGGGUCAUACAGCUUUGAGGACUUGAAGGUUUAUAUUCAGAAGAAGAAACGGGAAAGGGAGAUAGCUGAAAGGGGAGCUGCAUUACAGGCAUCAGGAUCACAUGCAGAGAGUAGGGAGUCAUCUGAUAGGAAAGGCAAGAAGAAGAGCAAGAGGUCCAAGAAAGAUAGCUCAGGUUCUAUGCCACUCCAAAGUCCCUUUCCAAACAUUUUGUUCACUGAGUUCAGUCGAGCAGUAACCACUACUUUUGGCUCUAGUGUUACAUUGGCAACUGUAUUGGCAAUCUUGUUCUCAUUGACAGAUAACACUGAUUUGCUGAAUCUGCAUUUUCGCCAACAGCAUCCAACAGAAACUGGAGAAAACAAGAUUCAUACAUCUGGUUGGAUUACUGCCCUUGUAAAUGCUUUAAGUGACAAACUGGGCAAAAAAAGAACUUCAUCAUUAUUUUUUGAUUAUGAAUACUCAGAGUCUCUUUGGGAAAAUGAUGGGAACAAACGUCGAGUUAAAUUGAUUGCCGGAAAACUUGACUCAUUUGCAAAUGACUUGAGCUUGUCACCUUAUGAUCAAGAUGGAAAUUAUUGUGGAAAACUAGGUGCAAUAUCACAUGAUAAAAUUCAGCCAGCUCUUGUCAUUUGUCCAACCUCAUUUUCCCAGAUCAUUGCUUCAGGCAUCCCGGUCUCGUGA